GGUAAGAAGAAAAAAAACCUUUAUUAAACGAUCAAAACGACAAAACAUGAGAUUGAGAGAGUGAGAGAGAGGGAGAGAGAGCCGUUGCGCACAAAGAAGCCGUUGCGCCUCACCACCGAUACUCCGUCGCCGUUUCCAGCUCCGUCGCCCGCUUCUCCGGCAGCCUCCAGCCAACUCAUUUGUCGCUUGCUUCUGUCACUUGCUUCGGUUGUUCUGAAGAAGUCGGUCUCUAAAAAACGGAGAAAGGUGAUAUUUUAGCUCAAACAUAGAGUAAAUUUGCUGAGUCGGGAAAGAGAAACAGAGAAGUGAGUUAAGCUAUGGCUUCGCUUUUAGAACCAGAAAGCCCAUCGCCAAGCAUCUACAUACCUGAGGAAUGGUCCGAGGCCGCAGACUCCAUAGCAUACGACUCGGUCACUUCGCCGCCUCCCAUUGCUCUUAUUUGCGGCGCCAAAAACUCUGGCAAAACCACCUUCUCCCGCUACCUCCUCAAUGUCCUUCUCCAGAGGUAUAGGAAAGUAGCUUAUUUGGAUACAGAUGUUGGUCAGCCCGAGUUUACUCCACCUGGUUUUGUAUCCCUCACUCUAGUUGACAAACUAACUCCGGAUUUGACGAUCCCGUGUCUGAAGACACCAGAGAGAUGCUUCUUCUUCGGUGAUGUCUCUUCAAAAAGGGAUCCAACGGCAUACUCAAAUGCCGUAUUUACCCUAUGUGAUUACUAUCGAAAGGAUUAUUGUUUGUCCAGCAAGAAUGAAAACCCUACUAAGACUGAAUUGCCUCUUGUCGUAAAUACUCCUGGCUGGGUGAAAGGUGUUGGUUAUGACAUAUUGGUGGAUAUGUUGAAAUACAUUGUUCCCACCCAUGUAGUUAAAAUAAACAUAUCUGCUGAGAGUAAGAAUCUACCAGCUGGGGCAUUCUGGUUAGAUGAGGAUUGUGAUAAGAUGGUUAAUCUAAUUGAAAUCAAUUCAGCUCGUCAGGAUUCUUAUAACAGAUCGGUGCUAGUGCAAAAGGAUGCACGGCUUUUACGCGAUUUACGAUUAAUGGCAUAUUUCAGGCAGUGCUUUCCUAGUAACCUGAAUAUUACCACUAUCAAAGAACUUGCGCAUGCACUUGCCUCUCACUCUCCUUAUGAAGUUCCAUUGUCAAGUAUCAAGAUCAGACAUCUCCAUUGCCAGGUCCCAAGUUCUGAGAUAUAUUUCAGUUUGAAUGCAACCAUUGUUGGCUUGGCAGUUAGCUCUGAAGACUCUGAAAAUUUACCCUUGUGUGUUGGUCUUGGGAUAGUGAGAGGCAUCGACACUUUUAAAGGUUUGCUAUAUGUGAUCACACCUGUCCCUCAGAGCACUCUCGAAAAGGUUGAUCUUCUUCUGCAGGGGUUUAUCCAAAUUCCUACUUGCUUGUUGCAGGUCCAAGGAUGCAUAUCACCUUACAUGUCUGCAAAUGUUUUCUCUACGAGCUAGCUCUGAUGAUACCCAAGUAUAAUCUUUUGAUUCUUUUAGGAUCUCCUAUUUAGUUACUCAGCUAAGUUCCCCAACCAUUCAAGAGAUGGGCUAUAUAUAGUGACAGCAGAAGCCAGUUUUGUAUGGUUUCAAUAGACAUCGGAGAGACUCUGUGACUGUUGUAUUUGAAUGAAAUGCCAAUCCUGUGGAUUAUUCUAAUCUUAUUAUAUUAAUGGUGAUGAAAUUUAUUGAAAGAAACUACAUUAAGUCAA